UUUUUUUUUUUUUUUUUUUUUUUUUGGAUUUCUUGUGGAGUAGUAUGGCUGCCGCCCCAGCUGUUGUUGCGCCUUCCCAGUACCAUCUCGAUUCCAACUUGCACGCAGACUCGGAAUCGCACGCCAUGCUCAACCUGCGCUCGCCACGAUCCUCCAGCACUCGGUCUUCUUCCAUUGACUCGACCAGCUCGGCCACGCCUUCGACGCAUAGUCUUGCAAGCUCCUCUUCGGAAGCUGCAGUGGACGAGAGCAUGCUCUCGUCCGAUGGGCCAGACCACAGCGCUGGCUCUGACACCCCUGAGCCGAGCUUUACAAUCCCAGCAGAUGAACCAAGCUUGACCGCUUCCAAUCCCAACAACACCUCCUUGACUGCGCAGAGGCCGGCUCCGUUCAACUCGGCCAACAACAACGCGCAACGCGCGCCACCUGCCACCCUUGGCCAUCGAAUCUUUGUCGGCGGCAUCAACUGGAAGGGUGAAGAGUCCGACCUCCGCGAGUUUUUCGCAAAGCUAGGCACUGUUGUCGAGUGCAAGAUUAUUGCCGACCGCGUGACAGGCGCCAGCAAGGGAUAUGGGUUUGUGUCGUUCAGCGACGCUCACACUGCAGAGGCAGUCAAGCAGAUGCAAAAUCUCGUGUACAUGGGAAAACCGCUCCACUUGAGCGACGCUGUGCGCAAACCGAAAGGAUUGGACGCCAAGUCCGACGGCUCCGACAAGGGCGCCAGCAGCCGUGGACCCCUCCAGUAUGCAAGCCUUCCGCCAACACAUCCAAGUGCCCCUUUUGGCGCUCCAGCGGCGACCAAACCGUACGAGACCGUCGGCAGCCUUUCGGCGCAGACGAGCGCCCUGCAGCAGCAGCAGCAACAACUGCAAUUGUUACUGCAGCAGCAGCAGCAACUGUUGCAACAACAGCAGCACCAGUUGCAGCAAUUUCACGCUGCGUUUGGGUUUGCAAAUCAAAUGUCCUUCCCGGCCACCUCUGCCCAACUUCCGGUGCAGCCGUUCUCGGCCACCUCGGUUUCUGCAUCGGUGCUCCCUGCAGCAGGCGGGGUUCCGAUGGCACAAGCGGCUGCAGGCCGAUCUGCCGAGCAAGCGUAUCUGCAGUACAUCAACCACACCGCCGCGGCAGCCGCUGCUGCCCAGCAGCUUCAGUUCCACCAGAUGAUGUACAUGGAUCCGGCGCAGCUAGAUGGUUACGCCAUGCAAAUGACACAGCCGCUGCAGCAUCAGCAGCCAAUGGCGCCGUCACGCCAAUCACCAGCACAAGCCACUGGCUCGAGUCGCUCCAAUGCUUCGACAGUGGUUGACUCACUAUCUUUCCUGGCUAAUGACCCGCCAGCGUCCAUCCACUCCAUUUGAGCGAAACCCGCUGCUGAGCGUCAAUGAGUGCGUGGAUUGAACGGUGCUGGUGCGCUCUUUGUUGCCCUGUUUUCCGUGAGAUGUUUGCAAAUACACCUAUCAGCUUUAUCGA